AUGGGUUAUACAUCGAUCGUCUCGGGAAUUCUUAUGAGCCUUGCUCUGCAAGGCACACAGGCUGCUUCCAUACCAAGAGAUGAGAUCUUGAAUAGGGCGUCGUUACUAGACCCAUACACGUUGCCAUCAAAGGCGACCGACUCGUUUGCUCGCUCUUUGGCCAUCACCCUGAAGCAAAGCGGCUACACGUACGGUCCUCCGGUCGCAGGUGGACCAUACUUUCCAACGGGCGUCCUAGGUUUAGUCAGGGUGGCAGCGGAUGGAGUUGCGAUUUCGGCCGACCUCGCACCCGUCACAGCUGCCGCUGGACUGGACAGUGCCGAGAGCCUUGCAUCGGCAGCGGAAUAUAAUGGCCUGCAAACGUUGCAUGACUAUACGCUACUCUACGAUGGCCACUGGAAAGACACGCUACCCUCUGGGCCGGUGCCAGGAAUUCUGACCAACUACACCCAGGACCUACUCUUUUCAAUGGAGCGUCUGUCACUGAGUCCCUAUCAAGUAAAGAGGCUCAAUCCAACCUCAGACGAGCUACAGUUCAGCAUUGAUGAUGCGGUCGCUCAGAAUAUCACUGGUUUGACGCUGCAAGGGCUCUUCAGCGACGGACGACUGUUUUACGCCGACUACAGAGACCAGAAGGACUUGACCAGGACAGAACGCUACGCUGCUGCUUGUGAUGCCUACUUCUACAUUGAUCAAACGUCUGGAGACUUUUUGCCCCUGGCUAUCCGGACAAAUGUGGGCGAGAACCUGAUCUAUACCCCGAAUGACGAGCCCAAUGACUGGCUUCUUGCCAAGAUCAUGUACAACGUCAAUGACUUUUGGUUUGCUCAGUGGAACCAUUUGGCCAGCACGCAUGAAGUUGUCCAGAUCACCUAUCUGGCCGCCAUUAGGACGCUGAGUGACGAUCAUCCCGUCCUGGCCAUUCUCGACCGUAUCACUUACGAGGUCUUUGCGAUUCAGCCACUGGCUGCCAGCUUGUUGUUCAAUGCGGGAGGCGCUGCUGAUGAACUGUUUCCAUUUACUGGCACAGAGGCUCAGGAUUACUCAACUAAACGAUACUCAGAGGACGGCAGCGGUCGUUUUGAGGCCAACUAUUUGGAAACCGACCUUGAGUCUCGUGGACUCUUGAACAGCCAGUUUGGACCAGCACUCAAGCACUUUCCAUUUUACGAAGAUGCUUCUGUCAUCCACGACGCCAUUCACGCAUUCAUGACUUCAUUUGUAGAUUCCUAUUACCAAAAGGACUCUGAUGUGACUGGGGACACGGAACUGCAAGCCUGGGUGACUGAGGCACAAGGCCCAGCGGAGGCCAUCGACUUCCCCACGAUUCAGAGCAAGUCUGCACUGAUUGAUGCUCUGACACAUAUGGCUCAUCUCGUCUCGGCGGCCCACCAUACCAUCAACACCAACGAGCUCCUCUCGGCCAGCUCAACACUGCCCUUUCACACGCCCUCGCUAUACCAAGCGCCGCCGGCAUCCAAGGGAUCCGUGGACAAUGUGGCCACAUUCCUCCCAAAGUUGGACAAGGUAGAGACGCAGCUUGGGUUCGCGGCGCUGUUUGCGCGUGAGGGCUUUGCCGGCACCAACCGCACUCUGUCGCACAUGUUUGACGACAACGACAUGCUGGAUCGCAUGGAUGAUGAUGUUCGGGCAGCCGCCGCUACCUUUUACGACAGCAUGCAAGAGCUCAGCGCCCAAGUAUCCUCGCGGACAUUUACAGCGGAUGGGCUGAGCCAGGGCAUGCCGUUUGUUUGGAAGGCUUUGGACCCAAAUGUCGCCCCUUUCUCGUUGACUGUCUAA